AUGGUUGAGGCUGAUAGUGAACGUGCCCAGGAGGCGCAGGCGACUCCAGCAAGGCCGACCUCAGAUAUCACAUUCCACAGCAUCGCUAGCGAGACUCGAUCUGCCAAACGGCGAAAGACACAACUUGCAUUGAAUGGUCGUCUCAACUCUCCACCUCCACCGCUAGAAAACUACUCUGAGGCCCAAGUUUUGAUGCAACAAGAUUCGCGCCCUUCAUUUCAGAAUGAGAUGAUUGGCACCGAUGCAACAGUAAUUGUGCCAUCGUUGGAAGACAACGAACACUGCUCUUCUGCAAAUACGUCCACGAUGGCCCUUGUCCAGUCCACGAUGCGUGCUACAAACUCAAGCAAAACGACUGGUAAUAUGCCGGGGCUGAAUAUUGCCAGCAACAUAGAUCAGUUUGCCAGUCCACAGCAUAUUCGACGAAGUAGACAAAAUUUCGAAGGCCCAGAGAUAAACGCAUUUACUUUACCCACACGACGUAUGGCCGACAACUUCAUGAGUUGUUUUUGGAACUUUACACAUCCAAUAUUCCCAAUCCUCCACAAACCAACAUUUGUCAUUUCCUAUGACAGCUUAUGGGUCCCUCCGACCGAAAGCUUCUCGGGUAGCGUGUGUGGCAAAGCAGAAGACCCUAUCUUUCUGUCGACUAUGAACAUCGUCUUCGCCAUCGGCUGCCAAUUUAGCGACCUGGUCGCUCCUGGCAAGAGGACAAGCCUAGCUGAUCAAUUCUAUCAGCGGUCUAGGGCGCUGUACGACAUUGAUGCGCUAGAUUCCGCAUCGCUUCUUACCGUCCAAAUGCUGCUUCUCACCGGUCUUUAUCUGCAGUCAACGAAAUACGCGAGUCGUUGUUGGCACAUGGUUGGCCUUGCAAUCCGAACCGCACAAGACAUUGGCAUUCAUAUCGAACACACUCGGCCAUCAAAGACACAGCUUGAACGAGAAAUGAGACGCAGAGUAUGGCACAACUGUGUUAUUUUGGAUCGGUUACUCGCCCUUACGUUUGGCCGGCCAAAUAUAAUUUCCAGCAACUCGGCUGUUCCUCCACCGCUGAUAAUCGAUGAUGAGUACUUACUACAAGACGGAGAAGGUAUUCAGCGAAGUCAAUCCCAGUCCAGUAUGGAAUUCUUUGUCUGUUCGAUUCAAUUGUUCGAGAUCUUGAACGGCAUCAUGUCCAGGAAAUAUCGUUGCGAAAGUAUCAACCAUUCGAAUGGAGGAGCUGAAGAGCUUUGGUGGUCUCGUGGAUGCCUCGAGGACGUUUUAAAGCUAAAUAGCGCUCUUGAUGACUGGCGCGACACAAUUCCUAAUAACCUACGAUUGGAGAGUGCCGUGGAGGCAAGAGCUGAUCCGAGGAGCGAUACAGCUGUCUUACAAGCCAAAGUUCUCUAUUCAAGAUUCCUGUACAUUCGCAUCCUGUUACUAAGACCGACCCUACUUUCCGCCGCUCAGAACCGGCACCAUCUGUCCAAAGGGGCUGACUUGGGACAACUUAGGCUAGAAGAACAUCUGGCCAUGAAAGUGUGUGGAUUGUGCAUCUCGACAGUUCACACACUAGUUACCCAUCUCAACGAGAAUCUAGAUGCGGUAUAUCGAAGUUCUGGUUGGCGUACAGUACAUUAUACCUUUCUUUGCGGCAUAGUCCUUCUUGCGGCCCAACUAUGUCCUAUCCCUAGUGACGAGUUUGAUAGCGCCACCCUUCAGGAAUUGGUAUCCUGCUGCAUCACCAUACUCGAACAGCACAAACUGCAAAUCCAAUCCGCAGCUCAUGCGAUCAAGAUUCUUGAGAAUCUGCAACAUCGCGUUGUACUUGCUUGCGAGGCUGAUAUUGACGGACUGACUAGCAACCUUUCCAAAUCCGUUGAUCCAGUGAACAUGAAUACUUUGCCGGGGGAUGAUUACACUUUCAAUACGACUUCUCAGGGUGACUUGUUACAAUUCGAUGAAAUUGACACAACACGGCUUAGUGAAGCCUGGUUCAUGGAGCAGGUUGGGGAUAUAGAGUGGUUGGGAACUUCUUGA